AUGGCCGAUAAGCAACCGGUUUCUUCAGAACCACCAUUUCCGACCGAAAAGCUUGACGAUUCGAUCUUACAGAACAAGUAUUUAUGGUUAACUCUCGUCAUCUGUAGCAUCAUCUUCUUUGUUUCCCUCUUGUUAUGUGUAUGCAAGAAGAAGAAGGUGUUAACGGCAUUCAGGCAACGAAUCAUGAAUAAUAAUGAUAAGAUGGAUGCUAAGGAGUUGAUGUUGAGGAAAUUUAAAGUCGAGGAACUCGAGAUUGCUACAAACCAUUUCGCAAAAGAGUGUCUGAUAGGAUCCGGUGCAUUUGGGAACGUUUACAAAGGAACAUUUGAAGAGAAUAUAACGCUAGCGAUCAAAAUGCCGCACGAUGAAUCCUAUACCAGUAUAAAAGAAUUUCGAAAUGGAAGGAGGGGAGUGCAAAUAUUGGUUUAUGAAUACGUUCCGAAUGGUUCGUUGCUCGAACAUAUCGUGGGCAGGGAGAGAGAGCCCUUAAAAUGGAGGCAAAGAGUAAACAUAGCCAUCCAAGCUGCUAAAGGCAUAGCUCAUUUGCACGAAGGAAUUAAACCGAGCGUGAUCCAUCGAGACAUAAAACCGAGCAAUAUUCUCAUUGGAGAUGGGUUCGAGGCGAAAGUUUCGGAUUUCGGGUUAGUGAGAUUGGGCCCAGCCGGGGAUAACUCGUACGUGAGUAGCCAGAUCAAAGGCACACCGGGCUACCUUGACCCGGCCUAUUGUACGAGUUUCCAUUUGAGCCCGUUUAGCGAUGUUUAUAGCUUCGGAGUUAUUCUCUUGCAACUAAUUUCUGCCCGGCCUGCUGUUGAUACGAACCGGAGUCGAUCCGGUUAUCACAUCAUCGAAUGGGUGAGACCUCAUUUAGAGCAAGGCAGAGUUGAAGAAAUCUUGGAUACGAAUCUGUUGCUGGAGCCAUGCAACAUGGAGAUCAUGCUUAAAAUGGGCCUAUUGGGCCUAAGAUGUGUGGUCAAAGAGCCCAAACAAAGGCCCACCAUGACUCAGGUUUUCAAAGAGUUAGAGGCAGCCCUCCGAUCAGCCGAUGGCUUCGUCCACCGCCAACUGCCGCCACGAUCACUAGAGGCAUCCACCGGUCGUAGGUCGUUAGAGCUUCAGGAUCACCAAGUGGUGGAGCAUGAUAGUUCCAUAAGUGUAGAUGGUGUUGGGCUUCAACGAUUUCGUGUAGACAUGGAGAGUGUCUCCUUACAGAGCACGAGCCUGAGAUGUUUAGAAGCAGAUAGUUUCGUUUUUCAUGUUGAUGACGAGGGUAAAGCAGUCGAGGAAAUGGGCCUUUGUAUGGAUGAGUAUUUAAGUAUGCCUCGAGAUUGA